AUGCGGGUAACUGAAAACUGUGUGGUUUGCGGACAUGGUCCAUUAUACUUGAAUCCCUUAUACGACCAUUACCGCCGAUCACAUUUCUGGAGUAAGGCUCAAAUUGAGAAGGAGAAAUUACGAAUACAGAUCAAAACCGGGAACAAUCGUUGUGAGAUUUGUAAUAAGCUCUUCAGCACUUUGCAUUCGUUGAAAAUUCAUAAUCAGAGAAAACAUCCUAAAGGGACUUCAAUGAAACUUAUCUGCCCGGAAUGUGGUCAAAGAUUUACCACACAUCUGCUGUUAGCUGCACACUGCAGUGAUUCGCAUACUUCAGAGCCAGCUACACAAGACUUCUCCAUUAUCACCGGACGAUUCGAGUCUUAUGCUGCAUUUGAGGAAUGGAAAGAUUAUCUGGAGAGUACUUCACUUAUGAAUUUCACUAAGCGAUAUGCCAUGCCUUGCAAAACCGGUGGCCAACAGCAUUUCUUCUUCUGUAGAUAUGCCCGGAAAAAAACAAAGGGUUCGUCAGGAGCCGAGGAGUCAGGAAUCGAAGAACCCAGAGAGAAAUCGUCUAUUCCCUCGCACAGCAAACGCAAGCCUGCUCACUGUCCUGCAUUUAUUAAGGUGAGUUUCCUUGCCAUGUAA